AACUGGGGCAGGUAUAUCAUAUGAACCUUUCCUCUUCAAAUCCACCACUGCUGGUGCUUUCAUUUUUAUUUUCCAAAUGGAGAAUGUGAACUGAUGGCCCCCAGUCACUGUUCAAGGAAUAAUGUGAUCAUUACCUGCACACCUGGACCUUGUUCUGCAAUAUAUACACAACAUUAAGUGCGCAAUUGGUAAUUACCAUUUUAGUACGUCAAAAUUGUGCAAUGAAUUCAAGACAGUUGUCAUCUGUGGUCCAGAUCGGAGAGAGGAGAUCACUUUCCAGGGCUGAAGUCUUAUCGCUGCUCAGCACAUAUAACUGUUUUUUAAAAGAUAAGCCACAUCUGCACUUGAGUGUAAAUGAGGAAGGGGGUGAGGUGACGGCGGAGGGGUUCCUGGUGAUCUCCUGGGGUGUACGAAGACCCAUCCGUUUGAAAAUACAGGAUGAAAAGCAAGUGCUACCCUUCACAGGUCAAAGGUCACCAGACCCCAUCAGCCCUCUGGGAUGUAAGAGAGGGAUGACACGCUGGGGAGAAUAUGACGAUCUCCUGCUCAUCGAUGAAAUGGCAGAAAUGAAACUGGACACCCCAGCUGCACCCACAAACCACAAUACAGGGCGUAUAUAUGAGAGCAACACCAUGAGACCCCCAAAGAAGAUCUCUACGUUUGAAGAGGCCUCAAACCUGUUCCGCACCAUGAGCGAUGCUUCGCUGGUGAAGAAGAGGGUAAAAACCAGGACCGCAGUGGAGAGACAGCAGGCCAGACAACACCGCUUCUCCAUCAACGGCCACUUCUACAACUACAAGACCUCAAUCUUUACUCCUUCCUUCGGGACUCCCACCAAUGUCCGAAUUAACAGCACAAUGACAACCCAUGAAGUCCUAGAGCAGUUACUGCACAAAUUCAAGAUUGAGAAUGAUCCACAGGAGUUUGGCUUGUACUGCAUUCAUCAAAGUGGUGAGAGGAGGAAGCUGAGCGACUCAGACCGACCUCUAUGGGAGCGAGUUCUUCACGGACCGUCAGAAAGCAUAAUGAAGAUGUUUUUAAUGGACAGAGAUGAGCUGGAAGUCAGCAACGAUGUGGCACAGUAUCUGAACCUGGAGCUGCCUAUUCUGGAGGGAAUCCUCCUGAGAAUGAGAGACGAGGAGAACAGAGAGAUACAGAGAAUCAUUUCAAAGUACAAACAUCAGCACAGGCUCCUCUCACAGUUCCUGGGAUCCACGGUAAUGGAAAAAACAGAGACUGCUGUGUAGAAGAGGAGAGCCGGAGGAGAAUGAACGCUUGGGCUGGGUUUCGUCUGGCUCCCGUACGAAGUGGAAAAAACAGCACAGUGGGGCUAAUCGCCUUUGCAAUUACGUUCUGUAAUUACGUUUCUGUACAUAAUAAUAAUAAUAAUAAUAAUAAAUUCCUUGUUACAGUUCUGGGGAUGGUAAAAUGUGCAAUUAAUAUUUUUAUAUUGUGUAGUUUUUCCCUCAUACAAUUAUCGUAUUAUUGUUUCCUGUAAUGUAGAAUUUGUAUAAUGGCACGGGACUGUUUAGGCUACAUCAGGGCUGUCCAACCCUGUUCUUGGAUAUCUGCCGUCCUGGGGGUGUACUACGAAGGAAGAUUAACAUACCUAGGGUUUCUUUGUGUAACCCAGCUUCAAAAAAAUCUAACAACCGUAACCAAACAAUCGGGCUUAACCGGUACUACGAAGGUAGUUACCAAUUUAAGUGAAGACGGGCUUUGUUCACCAAGAGCUGUACGCGUUCCCGUAAAAGUGGCGGUGUGUUUACCUAGUUACCUAGGCUAUUGGAGCGCCACAUUUCUCACUGAAUAACUGAAUAUCAACGAAUAUAAUGGACGGAUACGAAGAAGUUGGUGCCACAUGAUGUGGAACGUGGAACACUCGUAGGCGAAUUGCAAAAAGUAACACUGAUUCCGCCAGUGCCAGGGACAAGGGUUGGCAAAAAAUGUCUAAGUGUAAAUUCGUUUGUUAUAAACUUAAUUAGGCUAUCGUACCAAACUUAACGAAUAAAUAUAAAAUCACAAAUUGUCCAACAGUUUAUUUCUGCUGCAGGACUUAGGCUAAACAUUCUAACUCCUAAACGCAACUUGAUCUUUAAUGAUCUUUAAGAUAUUUCAUGAUUAAGGGAAGUAGAUAGGCUAUUGGUACAGGGAUCAAGAAACGGGGAUUAUGCCGGCUGCUGUAUUCUCUCCAUUGAGAAUCGGGGUUAGAUUUUGGGUUACCUCGGUAACCCCGUAACCCUUUUUUCGUAGUUCACCCCUCCGUAGGUUUUUACUCCAACCAUAAACCAUAACAAAACACACCUUAUUCAACAGCUAGAGACGUCAUCGAGCUGCUAAUUAGUAGAGUCAGGUGUGCCAAACUAGGUUUGAAAUGAAAACAUACUGGUAUAUAUCCAAGAACAGGUUUGGGCAGCAGUCAGUCAUGUUUAUUCUUCGGAGACAUGAAUCUAUGUAAAUAUUUCAAUUUGAUUCUUAAGGAAGCCUGCUCAGAAAAUAUACACGGAAAAUGAAAAUGGCAUUUUCCAGCAAGUUCUUCUGUAAAAUGCUAUAACUGUUUGUUAGAUUGUGCAUGUUCUAUUAGUGCAUGUUCUAAUAAAACACACGAAAUAAGACCAA